AUGCAUCGUCGUCCCCGAGAGCUCGUUCGGCCGCAAAAGAUGGAUGCAUUGUGGACGCUGUGUGGUCCCGUGUGUUUUAUCGACGUGCUCGUGAAACGUGGAAUCGACGUAAACUCUAAAGACAAAUGGGGCCGCACGUUGCUGCACCACGCUGUGCUGUGUGGUGACACCGUAGACACCAUCGAGACCCUGUUGGGGGCGGGGGCUGACGUCAACGUGAAAAAUGCACAAGAGUGCACAGCGUUGCACAUGGCGGCAGAAUUCGCACGUGCGACCGUGAUCAAAAGACUCGUGAGCGUUGAAGGCGUUGACGUUAACGCCCGAGACGCAUGGGGUUCCACACCGUUGCAUCAAGCUGCUGCAGCACAUGACAACGUUGAUAUAGUCGACGCACUCGUGCGAGCCGGAGCCGACGUUGACGCCAAAAGCAGAGACGGAUACACACCCUUACACAUCGCUGCCGAUUUCGAUCGCGCGCGCGUGAUCGAAAGACUCGUGAGUGCGGGUGCCGACGUAAAAGUCCGAGACGAAUGGGGUCGCACUCCGUUACGCUAUAACGCGUUGCCCGUUUUUUUUUAUCAUGCAGAUAGAGCCGUCAGAGCGACGGACAAAGAACGUCGCACCCCCUUGCACCACGCUGUGGUACGCGGUUCCCUAGAUGGGAUAACGAAUCUAGUAGGUGCCGGGGCCGACGUCGACGCGAGAGACAUGUGGGAUCUCACGCCGUUACACCUCGCUUCGCGAUACGGUCGUGCGAUUGCGGUCGAUGUAUUUGUAUGUGCCGGGGGCGACAUUAACGCGAGAGACGUAUACGGUCGUGUGCCGUUGCACCUCGCCGUGAUGUAUGGGCACGCGGUGACGAUGGAACGCCUCGUGAUUGCCGGUGCCAGUGUUAACGCCAGAGAUGAGAACGACAUCACGCCGUUGCACGUCGCGGACUCCGUGGAUGCGAUCACAACUCUCGUUAAACUUGGAGCCGACGUCAACGCGAGAGAUAAGAGGGGCAUCACGCCCUUGAUGGUAUCGCAUCGACGUACGUGA